GGUAAACAUGGCGUCAUUUACCGAACCGGCCCUGGAAAAGAAGCUGUCGGAGCUGAGCAACUCGCAGCAAAGUGUCCAGACGUUGUCGCUGUGGCUGAUCCAUCACCGAAAACACGCGGCGACUAUAGUGACGGUCUGGCAGAAGGAACUCAGGAAAGCCAAGACAAGCCGGAAGCUGACUUUCUUGUACUUGGCCAAUGAUGUUAUCCAGAACAGCAAGCGCAAAGGACCAGAGUUCACUCGCGAGUUUGAGAAUGUGCUUUUGGAUGCCUUUUCACAUGUGUCUGGCGAGGCAGAGGACGGGUGCCGGAAGCCCUUGGAAAGGUUGCUGCACAUCUGGCAGGAACGCGGUGUUUACACAUCUGAUUUUAUUCAACAGCUCAGACUGGCAAUUGAUAAUGAUGACAGCCCCAAGGAAGCACCAGUCAAUGAGGAGAAAUCGUUGAAACGCACCUUUCAGCAAAUACAAGAGGAAGAUGAUGAUUAUCCGGGCAGCUACUCACCACAGGAAACUUCCUCUGGACCCCUUUUGACAGAAGAGCUGGUCAAAGCUCUGCAAGAUCUGGAGAAUGCUGCGUCCGGAGAUGCUGCCGUUAGGCAGAAGAUUGCAUCCCUCCCACAGGAAGUGCAAGAUGUCUCCUUGCUGGAAAAAAUCACAGAUAAGGAGGCAGCAGAGCGUCUCUCAAAGACUGUGGACGAGGCUUGCCUGUUACUAGCUGAGUAUAAUGGGAGGCUUGCAGCAGAACUAGAUGAUCGCAAGCAGUUGGCAAAGAUGCUGAUGGAGUACACACAGACCCAGAAGGACGUUCUCGGCAACAAGGAGAAGAAGCUAGAGGAAUACAAGCACAAACUUGCACGGGUAACGCAAGUUCGGAAAGAACUGAAAUCGCACAUACAGAGCCUCCCAGACCUCUCGCUGCUUCCGAAUGUCACUGGGGGGCUCGCACCUCUCCCCUCUGCCGGGGACCUUUUCUCAACUGAAUGAGAACAGUGACUUCCUCCCUACAGCGCCCCUCCACUCUCUCCUAGAAGUUCCACUUGACACCAGCAAAGGAGAGAUUGUAGAGCCAUGCGAGACUGGAACCCUAUUCCUUCCUUGCUGUGCGGAUUGUGUGGUGCCACAGCUGACUCCAGUCUAGAAGCUCAGACAUAACUGUCGCAGGGCUCCCUUUGUAGUGUCCCGUGCUGAUGGACUACAUUGUGCAGAGUGGCAUUAGCCUUCCUAGGCCUCUGUUUUUUGUUUUUUUUUAAGACUUGUUUAUAAAUAGAGCAAAUUAAUUCUGUUUUUCCAACCAGCUUUCUUCAAUGGCUUCAGCUCGCACACCUCUUCCCGUUCCUUUUUAAUAAAUAAGCAAGUGAUUUUG